AAAGCAUCACGAACAAUUGCUUCUCAGCAGUCAUUUUCAGCCACAUUCUUCACAACGACCUGACUUAUAUAAGCAUCCUGCUAAAUUAAGCAUGCAACUUCUAUGAUAACCACAAUCUAGUCUCUUCAGCUCCUAAAAAAAAAAACACCCAGUGCCGAGUAAAAGAUGAGAGAAAACGAGAGAUGAAAAAGUUAAAGGAGACGGGGAAAUACUAUCGAAAAUUCAGCCCAAGGUAUACCACCGGUUUAAAGGCUUAAAAGCUUGGGGAAAAUUGGAUCAGGGAGAAUCGUCACCCAACUUUCAUUAUUUCCAAGUGGUGUGAUUGAAUUAAAGGGCAAGAUGGCGGUUUGAGCGAGAGGGCUGCGCGCGGCGGAGGGGGCUGGCGCGUAAUGGCGGGGUAUUAAAUUCUAAUUAGAGAUGCAGGGGAUCAAUGAUAGGGAGGUUGGACAGCCCGAUCCCCCAGUGCCAGCCCAAUAGACUGAUGAGUUAUUGUCAUGUAAAAAAGCGCUAGCAAUAAGACCCAAACGCCGUGCUAUUGUCCAAGCGGAAAGAGCCAAGUUUAUUAUGAGGACUAUAUGCUCUAGAGACCUGGGGCUAGGCGGCUCCUUGGGAGGCUUUUCAUAAAACAAGGCUCAGCUCCUAUAAAGGAGGGCAGUUUUUGAGCAGGCGCCGAGCAGUGCACAUCUACCCACGGCACGAGCCUCCUUCAAACCAGUCAAAAUUCAGCCGUCACGAGCUCCCCAACUCCGUCCGCGUUUCGGCUCGCUUCUUCUCUUUUUCAUGUGCUCCUCGCCAUUUUAAUCCAAUUUGAAUUUGACGUUUGUGUGUCUUUUUCCUUGGGAGAGCAGCUUUCCUUCUCCACUGAGCCUUUUCAAUGUAUAAAAUGGAGUAUUCUUACCUCAAUUCCUCUGCCUACGAGUCCUGUAUGGCCGGGAUGGACACGUCGAGCCUGGCGUCAGCCUAUGCGGACUUCAGCUCCUGCAGCCAAGCCAGUGGCUUUCAGUACAAUCCCAUCAGGACGACGUUUGGGGCCACCUCCGGGUGCCCGUCGCUCACGCCGGGCUCCUGCAGCCUGGGCACCCUGCGGGACCACCAGAGCAGCCCGUACGCCGCAGUUCCCUACAAGCUCUUCACCGACCACGGAGGACUGAACGAGAAGCGGAAGCAGAGGCGCAUUCGGACCACUUUCACCAGCGCGCAGCUCAAGGAACUGGAGCGCGUGUUCGCGGAGACUCACUACCCGGACAUUUACACACGAGAGGAGCUCGCGCUGAAGAUCGACCUCACCGAGGCGCGCGUGCAGGUGUGGUUCCAGAACAGGCGCGCCAAAUUCCGCAAGCAAGAGCGCGCGGCCGCCGCCGCAGCUGCAGCAGCGAAGAACGGAUCCGGGAAGAAGUCGGACUCACGAGAGGAGGACAGCAAAGAGGCAAAGGCGACCGAUCCUGACAGCACCGGCGGGCCCGGGCCCAACCCUAACCCUACCUCCAACUGUGGUGGACCGAGCCCCACCGGCGGACAGGUCAGCGCCACGGGGAACGGCCCGGUCGAACAGGUCAAGACGUCAGUGGCCGGUAUGGGAGGCACUGCGCCGAGUCAAGGCUGGGCCUCAGCCCCGGGAACCAUCACCUCCAUUCCGGACUCUCUGGGCGGACCGUUCGCCAGUGUUCUGUCCUCAUUACAAAGACAGAACGGAGCCAAAGCCACUUUAGUAAAGACCAGCAUGUUCUGAGUUCGUGCUCGAUGCAGAAGGAAGCGACGAGCGCGAGAUUCAACAAACCAACAAGAGUUUACUCUAGUGACUGAAGCGUGGAGAAAGAUGGAGAGAGUCCUGUAUCUCCACUCAAGAAGGAAGAGACCACCCGACUGCUUUCGAUGCCAUUGGUUUACACCACAAGCUGGAUAAUAAUAAUAAUAUCAUACACAUUAUGUUAACAUUGUGACCUUAUCCGGACUGUUUAGUUUUGGCUGUGGUCGACACCAGUAAACUGACCGAGAGACUGCGAUGCGCGCUCCCGCUGCAAAGAAGGACUCAUGAAGAUCAAUGUCAUUAUUCAAUGUCAUUAUACACGUCAUUAUAUCUCGCGCCAUGAUUAUUUGUUUACAUUGACUCUAGCGCAAGUUAAUGUCUGUAUUACAGAAUUCUGGCACUCUGUUAUAUAUUUUUACCUAUAAAUUUACAAGCCUUAGAGCCAGGGGCUCUGCAAACAUUCAUCCACAUAUUUACUAUUAAUCCAUGGCGAAUUGUUCUUCAAAAUGGCACAAGUACAUACUUCAUUGUUGACAGGAAUACGUAAACGUUUUGUGUGUCUUUCUACAGCUGUGUUUUUGUGGCUCAAAUUGUAUAGUGUUAAAGCGUAUUGACGUCCUAGAUAAACAUAGACCACACGAUCCCCUGUAGUUCAUUGAGUCUUUAUAAUGUUUUACAACUGGAGCAUUCUUCGGAGGAAAAAGGGAAUGGAUGCAAAACACUGUAUUUAUUUUCUAUAUUAUUUGCAUGUCGUCUUCUCCGUCCGAUUUUAUAAUGAUUUUCACCUAUUUUGUGAGCAUAAUGUAACACGUUUUUGUCCAGGAUUUGAGAAUUAUUUAUAUGUAGGUAAUGGAUGCUUAUAUUUAAGAAGGAAAUAUUUCUACAUGUGCACAUAGUUUUUCAGGUGUACCAUUGACAUGCUGUUGAUGAUAAAAACGAUUAUGAUGCUGAAAAUAA